UAGUUCUACGUUGUUCUAAAAGUUUCGAUUUCAUUUUCCAAAGUGAAUCUGUUUUCGUCGUACACGUCGAAAAUUGUUGCGUUUGUCAAGUUAUCUAUUGACAAAUCGAAUUGAUUUAUGAAUAUAUAUAUACGAAAACAUUUUCGUUUUUUGGGGUGGACGUUUUGCUACACCCAACAGGUGGCUGACAGUGUUCUUUUUGUGACAGAAAAACGCCCCCUUUAUUUCUCCUGAAUUCCAUCGUGGACAUAUUCGUUCAAGUCAUCUCAAAGUGUUGCUGCUGCUGCACCAGAACAAGGACAAACAUUUCGUAUUGUGAGGCCAGUGUCGUCCAUAUGUGUGUGUGUAAUCUUAUCCUCAGUGUGUGACUGGUUUUCAAGACCCACCAUCUUUUUUUCUUUUUUUUUUUGCUCUUGUCAAACAUCCGCCUUGUUUAUUCAAUUUUCUUUUAUUCUCCCAAUUUUUUUGUUCUUCCCUUUUGGAACUCGUCAAUGUUCAGUCGACUGUUGGGAUUUGUUUUCUUUCUCUUUUUUCGUACUCGUUUUCAAAACACACACACACACACACAAUUAUCCGAGAAGUGAGUGACACAUGAAAGAUAUUUCGGCACAUGCCCAUCAGAAAGAAAACCCAAGGUAUACUUGCUAUUUUUUUUUAUUUCAUUUCUUUCCCCCUCCCCUUUCAAACGUAUAUUCCCCACUUGAUAUCUUCUCCCCUUAUCUCUCAAGUGUGUGUGUCCUUCCGGAGUUAGCGAACUGGAAAAACACACUCGUUACAUUACGAAUUGAUAAAUAGAAUAUAAAAAUCAACAUGUUGUUGAAUAACAACGGACCGAGUGACACUGUUGUCCAACCACCGGGAGGCGUCUUCCGGCGACAGAAGCAACAAGAGGCCGAACGGCACAGCAAUAACAACAGCAGUAAGACGAAGAGGAGCGGCAAGAGCGCAUCGGCUGGAGGUGGCACUUCAUCUGUUCGUAAUUCGUGGUCUUUUACGAGCGAAUUGCCCAUGCAAGUGCCCACUGUGCCCACUGUUAAAGAGAACAUCUACGUCGAUCCGGAGACGUUGAUCAACGCCAAUGGGGAACUGAAAGCCGUCUCGCGUUCCAGACUGCGACAAAGGAGCGUGUCUAACUUGAACGCGGCUGCGUUGGCCGGAACGAGAGAACGUCGUGAUCACAGCUCGUCUAAUCGCCAUCAGAAUGGAGGCACCAUGGCGAAAGGUGUGGACUACAUCCGCAUCCAUCACCCGACUCCGGUCCGGGCUGCGUUAGCAGCUCAGCACCAACCGAUCGAUCUGACGGCCACCGCCUUACCUCCAGCCACGAACGUCGUUGACUUACAGAUUCAAGACAGGUCCGAAUACGGAAAUCCAGACGGAUCUUCGGCCCAUUCGACGGCUGAACGGGACAGCGGAGUGGUGGCUAACGUGAAAACUGGAGAUCAGACUGGAUUGAUUCAUCCAGUCAUGGAUUUGUAUCAAGCCAUCAAUCAGAAUCAAUCGAACGAUUACAAGAUCAUCCAGGGUUAUGUGAUCCAGCCGGAAAUGGGCGCCGAUGGCUGCAUGAGCUCGCAACAACACGCUCAUCCGGGCCAAGCGGCUAACGCGCCCAUGGUGCGACACGGUUCCGGACGUGGAUCAGCAACAAACGCACGUGGUUUCCCAUCGUCAUCUUCAUCAUCGGCCGGAUCGACUGGCAAAACGUCGGCGGAAGUUCAUGCGAGCCGGAAACCCGCAGCUGCUGGUGCUCCAGUGCCCACCAGUACGGGACCGAAUGCUGUCAAAACCGAGUGGACCUUCCUUCCGUCGCCUACAGCCAACACCACCGAACCCCAACACCGUGAAAUCAACUCCAAACCAGAGGAAUCUUCGAUGGUGCGCAAGGGACUUCUAUGGGUCAUGCGCGAUCGCAUUUUCUCCCGCUACCACGAACGCUUUUGUAUCCUGACCCGAAACUACUUGCACUGUUUCAAGAAAGGCUCCGAAGCAAGUUUGACUCAAAUGGGCAACUUCUUGUUCAAGGUGAACUUGGCCGAGGUGAUUGCCGUCCAAUGGCUGGACAAGAGGGGGACAGCUAUUGUGUGCUUAACGCUAGCCAAAGAGGGCCGACUUCUGCUCAAGACGUCUAUGGAUCUCAACGGAUGGUUUGACGAUUUACAGUGUUGCGUCAAAGAAACCAUUGGACGCCGCCAGACUUUGUUAAUGGACCAGCGAGGAAGGACUGAAACUUUCACGUCAUCGUCCGUGUCCGUUGCUCAGCAACAACAGCCGCAACAACAACAACGACCUGCUCCAGUCCAAUCGGUUUAUCGCGAUCGGAGUCUGGCAGCCAGGGAAAACAAUAAGCCAACCAAUCGAUUCUCUCUGAUGGUUGACCACGAAGUGAAAUUGACAGGGACCGGCGGCAGUACUUCAGAUCAUUCAGACAAUGGGCUGAAUAAUAGUGCAGUAUUAACAGCCGAACCUCAGAGCCUAGGAAACUAUAACGCCGUUCCGGCUCAGGUGACGUCUUCAACUCCGCCACCCGCAGUACAGAGUCCUCCCGUCCCGGUUCCCUAUCGAGAACGUUCCGUGAGCUUCGACAGGUCCCGUGCAUCCAAAGCUGAAAGGGAAGCCAAACGGAGAUCCUACUACCCCAGCAAUCACGUCACGCAAGUGUGAAAACAAAAAGGACAACAACAAAACAAAACAAAAUCAAUAAUUUUGGAGUUUAAAUAUUGAAAACUUCAGAUUCAACACGAUACGGCUGGUGGACGAAGCCGUACCAUGUUUAUAUAUAUAUGUAUCCGCUUAUCCGAUUUACAGUCGUUGACAGAAAAAAAAAAAGGGGAGGAGUAAUCAUUAUCAUGAAAUCUGAAUAUCUUGUGUCUAGUCAUAUAGGAGCCUCUUUUAAAAACAAAAAAAAAACAAAACAAAGAAAUAAUGCGAUGUGUGGCCCUUUCUACGUCGUUUUGGACAAACAGUAAUAAUCUCUCAACUAAAAA